UAUGGAGGAUCCCAAAAACCUGAUGAUGGUGGCAGCUGAGCAGGCUCAGUUUAUGGCUAACCUUGCAAAACUCAUAGAAGCCAAUAAACCUAUUGAGAUUGGAAUGUACACAGGAUAUAACACCUUAAAUCUGGCUCUGGUAGUUCCUGAGAAUGGACUCGUGGUGGCCUGCGAAAUUAAUGAGGAAUACGUGAAUAUAAGCAAGCCAUUUUUUAAGGAGGCUGGAGUGGAGGAUAAAAUAAAUAUUCGCAUUAAACCUGCAGCUGAAACCUUGGAUGAACUCCUAACUGCUGGUGAAGCUGGAACAUUUGAUUUUGUGUUCAUUGACGCUGACAAGAAGAAUUACGAAACAUACUAUGAAAAGUCACUCCAGCUUGUUCGAAAGGGUGGCAUUGUAGCUAUUGAAAAUGUCCUCUGGGGUGGACAGGUCAUUAACCCAGCUGAAGAUGACCUUUCCUCACAGACCAUAGACAAACUGAACAAGAAGUUACACAAAGACGAGCGGAUUGAUCUCAGUAUGCUCACUGUUGCAGGUGGCCUGACACUGGCUAUCAAAAGAUAAUCUAGAUUAUUUAACAGUAAAUAAAUGAUCUAAAUAAAGACUUACAUACAAAAAUCUACUUUUCUGAGUAAAUGUGACC